AUGACGAAGACGUUAGAAGUGGACAUCUGGACACCCAUCAAGGUCGGUGAUUGCCAAUUGGCGCACCGUGUAGUCCUUGCCCCGUUGACUCGGAAUAGAGCUUCCAAGUCUGAACAGUAUCCUUCAACAUGGGUUCCAAAUGAUCUGAUGAAAGAGUACUACGUAAAACGAGCAACCCCGGGUGGAUUACUCAUCACCGAAGCGACACCAGUAUCGCUUCGAGCAUCGGGAUUAUUCGGUAUACCAGGAAGUUUCACCGAUGAACAGCAAGCUGGAUGGAGAUCUAUCGUUUCUGCGGUACAUGACAAGGGUGGAUAUAUAUUCAACCAGCUAUGGCAUCAAGGUAGGACUACCCACUCAGCGUUGAUAGGCGGUCAACAGCCGGAGAGUAGUUCCGACAUACCCAUGCAAGGUAUUUUCCAGUGGAGCGGAUUCGAUGCUAGACCUUUUGAAGUUCCCAAGCCGAUGACUCAAGAAGAUAUAUCAAAUACUCAAAAUGAUUUCGUUAAUGCUGCUCAAAAGGCAAUAGAGGUGGGAUUUGACGGCAUAGAGGUACACGCGGGCAAUGGGUACCUCUUCGAUCAAUUCUUGCACAGCAACAUAAACAAACGUACAGACAAGUAUGGAGGAUCCGUCGAAAAACGAUGUCAAUUCGUGCUGGAAACCGUUGGAAAACUAUGCGAAGCGAUUGGACCUUCAAAGGUGGCUGUCAGAUUGACACCAUUCGGUAUGUUAUUUGGUCAAACUUUCGGAGAGAAUAGGUUGGAGCAGUGGUCCUAUCUAUGUGGAGAGUUGGGUAAAUUCGGACUGGCCUACGUACACUUGGUAGAGCCAAGAUUCGAUGAGUUGAAAUCAGCUUCGGAGAAGCAGGAUGCUCUGAAAGACAUGAUCAGCAACGGACAGGAGGAAGUAUCACUCAAGCCAUUCAGAGAAGCUUUAGGUUCAAGUACACCUUUGAUCACUGCAGGUGGAUUUGGUCCAGAGAACGCAAACGAAGGUAUCCAGAAUGGUACCUCAGACCUAGUGGCUUUCGGGAGAUAUUUCGUGGCAAAUCCUGACUUGGUAGAAAGACUCAAGAAUAAGGAGGCACUUUACAAGUGGGACAGGUCAAGGUUCUAUGGCCCUUUCGUUGACAAUGAGGUUGGUUAUACUGUUUUCCCAAGCCGGGAGUUCGCCAAGAAAGGUGAUAUUUCUAAAGCUCAAUUGGCGGAUUGA